AUGCGUGUGUUAUGUUCAUGUGUGCAGUAUGAGAUGUACAGUAUCGAGCGUAACGCUGAGAGGACGGCCUCCGCCGGCAGACUCCUGUACGACAUAUUCGUGAAUUUCCCCGAGCAGCCGGUGGUCUGGCGUGAGAUCGCAGUGAUCACUGCAGCGUUACGAAACGACAGCCAGGACAAACACGCUCAGUUUCUCAAAGGUGUUUUUGAGACUCUUCCAGGUCCGGUUCAGUGUAAGAUGCUCCUGAAGGCCACAGAGCAGUGUUUCAACACACUGGAGAAAGCAGAGAUGCUGCUGCUGCUGCUCAAGAGAUUCCCGGAGUCUGUCGUUCAGCAUGGAGUGAGUUUAGGAGAGUCGUUAUUAGAGGCGGAGUCUGUAGAGAAUCUGGACACGCCUGUCAACUGCUUCAGGAAGCUGUUUGUGUGUGACGUUCUGCCGCUGAUUCUGAAUAAUGCAGACAUGUGUCUCCCGGUCAGUCUGCUGUAUAAAUACAUGCACAAAGCAGCAGAGUUUUACAUAUGUUACGUCACGCGGGAGCCGUCGGCAGACGCACAGAUGCAGGGCUCUCAGGAAGUGGGCGGGCUGAAGUCUCCGGGCCGGGGGCGGAGUCAGCGCUGUGUGAUUGACGGGCUGUCGGAGAAGGCGUCGGUGGUGACGGAGCCGUGGGAGCGGCUGCUGGAGAUGGUGGGCGUGGUCGGCUCGCUCUGUGAUUGGCAGGGAGAGAAAGCAAGCCGCUGCACGCUUGUGCUGUUUCACAGCGCGUUUCACUACGUCUCUGCUGUGCAGCCGUCACUCUUCCAGGGUCACGCGUCUCUGAGCUCGUGUCCGUGGGUUCUGCUGGAGGAUCUGUCCAGUGUCUACACUGAUGUAGAAGUGGAGCGAAAGCACACACACAAGAAACGCAAGCUGGCCGACGGACGGGAGAAAACCAUGAGCUCUGAUGAUGAGGACAUGUUGGUCAAAGGCAGAGGGCGGCACAUUGUGGUGAAUAAAGCAGAGAUGCCGGGAUGGGCCGAGACUUUAGAGCACUUCCGUACAGCCAGAGAGAGCUGGGAUCUGCUGCACUCACACCAGAGUCUGGAGACGGAGUUCCUUAAGAUAUGCUCAGCAUGGAAAACUGAGAUGUGGAUGUGGUUUCGCAUUUUCCUUACAGAUAUGAUCAUUUAUCAGCACACACACACACACUGCAUUAGAGCUGCUGUAUUUAGUGCAUCUCAUCGUGUUCACGCUGUGGUGUGUCAGAUGGCGUGUGAGAAGCUUCUGGAGGUUGUCUCUGGUCUGAUGCCUCAGAAUCAUGAAGCGGUGAAGAGCAGCGAGGAGCAGCGCAAACCCCGCAGCAAAACCAGGAAAGGUAACGAUCUGAGGCUCGUCCCCUGCUCCAGUAAAUCCAUCCUUCCCUUCUGUCUUCAGCUCAUGCUGGCCUGUUUUAAGCUGAGGGCCUUCACAGAUAACAGAGACGACCUGGCUCUGGGUCAUGUGGUGGUUCUCCUGCAGUAUGAUUGGCCGCAGGGCGAGAAUCUCUUCCUGAAGGCGGUGGAUAAGAUCUGCCAGCAGGGCAGCUUCCAGUACGAGAACUUCUUCAACUACGUCACCAACAUUGACAUGUUAGAAGAGUUUGCUUACCUUCGCACGACUGAAGGAGGGCGGGUCCAGCUGGAGCUGCUGCCCAAUCAGGGGAUGCUCAUCAAGAACCCCAGCUCCGCCCUGGGGGUGGAGUUAAACACCCUGCUGCUUCCAGGGGCUCAGAAGGCUGACAGACACCACACCGUGACUCGAGGAAUCACUAAAGGAGUGAAGGAGGAUUUUCGGCUGGCGAUGGAGCGCCAGGUGUCACGGUGCGGAGAAAACCUGCUCACGGUGCUCCACCGCUUCUGCAUUAACGAAAAGAUCAUCCUCGUCCAGUCAUUACCCUGAGCGACCUCUGGCCUUUAACCUAUGUAUCAGUCCAGUUUUGAUACUUUUCAGACAUUUUUGAAAUGUAUCAACUUUUUUGCAUCAUAUAUGAAGCUUUAGACAUGUUUAGAGUCACAAUGCAUCGAGCAGAUCUCAUUUAGGUCAUGGUUUUAUUUUAGGUAUUAAUUAACAAACAUUCAAAAAUAUUCAGCAUUUUCUUAUUAUUUGUCUGUAAAAUGCAGAAUUCACUGUUAAAGCAAAUGCAAUAUGUUCACAUUGUAUUGUUGUAAAAUGCUUCAUGAACUAACUAGACUGUGUUAUUGUGUAAUAUAAUGUUGUGCAGG